AUGUUGCUGCUUUCUCGUUUGGCUGCUAUGGCGGCUGUUGGUGGUCUUGUUACUGCUCUUCCACCCAGUCCAGCUGGUCCUCCUAUCGUCAAUUCCACCAUCUGUGGAGGACAUACCUAUAUCUACCAGGAAUUGGCCGGCUACGGCUUUGUCAAGAGCGAUGCCAGAGACAAGUUUGGAGAUACUUUGGGUGGGAUUGGUUCGUCCAUUGCCAUUGAUCAAAAGACCUGGAAAAAGAUGGGUCCAAACUCCUACCAAGGCAUAUUGUGGGCAUUGCCUGACAGAGGAUGGAACACCCAAGGUACCUUGAACUACCAGAACAGAGUCCACAAAUUCUUGAUCAAGUUGUCUCUGCAAGAAAACGCAACUGUGGAGGAGCCAUCUGGUCCUAAUCUUCACUUCGAUUAUUUGGACACGAUACUCUUUACCGAUCCCAGGGGGACUCCUGUUACUGGCUUAGACGCCGAUGCCACAGGUCCUUACCUCCAAUUCUCUGGCUUCCCCGACGUGCCAUCAGCAACAUACACCGGCGAUGGCUUUGGCAACAACGGCACAGGCGGCCACCGCGUGUCCGUAGACUCUGAAGGCUUGAUCCUCAAUCCCGAUGGUUCAUUCUAUGUUUCCGACGAAUACGGUCCUUAUAUUUACCAUUUCUCUGCUUCUGGAAAGAUGGUACAAGCUAUUCGUCCUCCUGACGCUUAUAUCCCUUUGCGUAAUGGGACGGAGAGUUUUAGUGCUGAUUCCCCGCCAAUUUACGACCUUGACGAGGAGGUCAAUCCAGAGGAUCCGACGCAGGGACGAGCGAAUAAUCAAGGAUUGGAGGGAUUGACUGCUUCUCCUGAUGGAAAACACCUCUAUGCACUCAUGCAAUCGGCACUGAACCAAGAAGGCGGGCUCAAGAAGAAAAACAGACGUUAUGCUCGUUUGCUACAAUACUCUAUCCCUGCCUCGCCCUCUUCACCUCCCGUUUACUCGGCCGAAUAUGUGGUGCCUUUGCCUCUCUACAACGACAACGACAAAGUAGCCGCACAAUCCGAAAUCCACUUUUUAACCCCCACCCAAUUCUUUAUUCUGGCUAGAGACUCUAAUGCCGGACAUGGUCAAGCCUCUUCCACAUCAAUCUACCGCCACCUCGACAUUUUCGACAUUUCAAACGCGACAAACAUUGCCAGUGCUACUUACGACGCUUUCAACGCGUCCAUCGCCAGUUCAAAGGGCGUCUUAAACACAAACAUACAACCGGCAACGUAUUGCACUUUCCUCGACUUCAAUGUGAAUGCCCAACUGAAUCGUUUCGGUGUUCAUAACGGCGGAGCUCAAGAUGCAGGGCUGUUGAAUGAAAAGUGGGAGUCUAUUGCUACUGUUCCUGUUACUGAUGGGGUUGAUGGAGAGUACUUUGUUUUCUCGCUGAGUGACAAUGACUUUGUUACUCAGAAUGGAUUUAUGGAUGGUGGGAAAUACAGCUAUAAAGAUGCUUCGGGGUAUAAUCUUGAUAAUCAGGCUUUGGUGUUUAAGGUUCAGGUGCCCAAGGGUGUGCAUCCUUCAUAA